CACUGAUAUGCGGCACUGAUUGGUGGCACUGAUUGGUGGCACUGAUAGGUGACACUGAUAAUGGGUACUGAUAGACAGCACUGAUAGGUGGCACUGACAUCACUGCUGGGCACUGACUCGCGGCACUGACUGGCACAACCGCUGGGCACUGACUGGUGGCACUGACUGGCAGCACUGCUGGGCUGCACUGAUGGGUGGCACUGGUGGGCACAGGUGGAACUGGUGGGCACAGGUGGGUGGCACUGGUGGGCACAGGUGGGUGGAACUGGUGGGCACAGGUGGGUGGCACUGGUGGGCACAGGUGGGUGGCACUGGUGGGCACAGGUGGGUGGGCACAGGUGGGUGGCACUGGGCACAGGUGGGUGGCACUGCUGGGCACAGGUGG